UGCCAUUUCAGUUAAUAUCGAACAUUUGCGCUGACAGUUGGUGCUGGCGGAAGAAAUUUUCGAAAUUGAUAGUGAUAAAAACAACAACAACAAAACAAAUAGAUAUACAACAAACAAAAAUAUAAAUAAAAUCGUUCGUUACCAUUGCUGACACCGUCGGAAGCUCUUUACCGGUCAGUGGUUAUAUUUACUAUAGUAUCGGGCCCUGAAUUUGUUUGAAGGCUGUAUUAAGUGCUCUAUGCAAAUAGUGAAUUCGCGCACUAUAGUGUGUGUGAACUGUGAAGACGUGCAGUAAGGUGAGAAGUGUGUGGUGCAAAAAAGGGAUCAACUGGCAUUUUAAUGUAUAUUUAAACAAAAAAAGCAAACAUUUCGUCUAACUCGCCAAUGCUUGAAAACCAUUAAUUAUUAAAAAUAUAACUGUUACUAAAACAAAGAUAUAAAAAUUAAAGUACCAUCUGUGUGAACGUCAAAUCAAACUGAAAGAUAAUCUCAUACGUGUACAUAAUGCUCGCUUGGGUUGAUUAGUUAUGCAUAAACCUCGGAUGAAUCGUAGAUCAUUUUAUGCCGAACGCGAUCGCGAUGAUCCAACGAUGCAUCAUCACCACACCGAUUUGAUAUCCUCAAUAGCUACAAAGCAUAAUCAGACCACGUUGAUGUCGUCGUCGCCGUCGUCGUCAAUGUCAAUGUCGUCGUCGUCGUCGCCAUCAUCAUCAACGAACAUUUUUCAUAAUUCAAAUAUUGGUUCAAUUAAUUUAGAGGAUUAUAUAACAGCUAUGGAGGCGCGUUCUAAGGCACUAGAUCGUCAACAAUCGGAAGUUGAUGUGUGGGCACAAUUACAACAAAAAGAAUCGGAUAUAUUAUUGGCAGCGGAAUUGGGUAAAGCUUUGCUGGAGAAGAAUGAAGAAUUAGUGAAGCAGCAUGAGAAACUUAUCGAGGAUUAUUCCACGAAAAUUGAGAAAUUGGAACAAGAAAAACAUGUUUUGCGUCAAAAGCUCGCCAUUGCCGAAGAGGAGAGCGAUCAGCGUGUUCUCGAGCUGCAAUCUGAUCUCAAUGAACUCAAAGAUAAAUUACAAGCACAAGAAAAUGCAAUACGUCAAGCAGAAAAAGAGAAAACUAUACUAAUUGACGAGUUGACACAUCAAAAUGCACGCCUCACUGAGCAAAUACAGGAAGCGCACGCCACCGAACUGAAAUUAAUGUCUCAGAUACAGGAACUAAAGGAUCAGUACAAUUACAGAAACACCAGUUUGCAAGAACACGUCCACAGUCUGGAAUCUAUCAAAAGCGAGUUAAACCUCACUACAGAAAAGCGCCAUGAUCUUGAAAAACGCUUACAGCACGCACAGGAAGAGAAAGAAUCGCUGACGUCAGCACUUGAAGAGGCUUCGGAUAGAAUACACAUGCUAGAGAGGCACGCUCGAGAGCAGGAAACCAAAUUAGAGACUACACUACAAGCACUUGAGAGAUCUCAGCGUGAAAAUAAUGUACUUAGCGAGCGUUUGGGAGCGGACUCGAACUCUAGUGUGCAUGGCAAAAAAUCUUUGCAAUUCGAAAUGGAGUGCGACGAGGACGACUCCAGUUUUUCUGAUGGUAAGCCCAGUCAAAUAUGUAUCGAGGCGCGUUCAGUCUACAUACAACUAAAAUCGCUCGUGGAUUCAUUAAAAAUUGGACACGAUGAUGAUUCAGGCUUAAAUUCAGACAUAUCGCUAGACUUGGAAUCUAUGGAUAAUACGAUUUCAUCGUCAAGCCGCACCGAAGGCGGCAAUCAUACUGAUGCUAUUGAGUUUCGUCCCGGCAUGCUCUCGGCCAUGUCUGAUGAGUUGACGCGCCUACUGUUGAAUCUCGAUGCCGGAAACUUCAGAAAAAUGCUCGAUCAGACGCGUAACCUUGUGCUGGAGCAGGAGGAUGAAAUCAAACGUAGUCAUCAAUUGAUACAACAGCUGGAAUCUAAACUCACUGUCACUGACGUCGAGUUGCAGAAUGUGAAAGAAGAGCGCGACCAGGCGCGUGGCGAUCUGGUGGACAAUAGCGAUCGCGACGAAUUGCUGGCCAAAGCACAAAAGGAACGCGAUGCGGCGAAUGAACGACGCACAAAAGCUGAAAUAGACUUGGCUAAAACGCGUGUGGACUUAAUGCAGGCCAACAGCCAGUUGCUCGAGUCCAUACAGCAGAAAGUUGAAUUGUCGCAACAAUUGGAACAGUGGCAGAUGGACAUGCAGGAGCUAUUGCAGGACCAAAUGCGCUCCAAAUUAAUUAACAAUCGGAAAGUGGCAUCGCCUGCGCCUGCCAGUACAAAUACAAGCGCAGCUUCAGCAUUGGCGAAACGUGUGUCCAACUACAAGUUCUGGAGCUUAUUUCAACGGUAAAUUGAGCACAUUCUGGAAAUUCUACGCUACUAUAAUUAUACUAAUGUAAAAGUCUAACAUUUUUUGUAUGAAUGCAAAUAUUUUUUUUAUGAUUAUUUUUUAAUAUUUAUAUACAAACAGUUACAUAGCAAAAAUUUAUAUGUAUAUGUAUGCACGUAUGUUGUAACGUAAAAAAGACAGAAUGGAAAAUACUUAUUGCAUUUUUAUACAUUCGCUAGUGUAAUUACACAAAGUAAAAAAUAAAAAGUGAGAAAUAAAAAAGGAAAAAUAAAAAAUGGAAAAUUAACAAUUUAAAAAAAUGAAAAAUAAAAAAUGAAAGAUUAAAAACUAAAGAUAUAGAUAAAUAUUUACUUUACCUAAUGUUAGACGCUGAUUUUUGUGAACAUAAAAUUGUUGGAAACUUGGCCUUGAGCCGUUGUGUUUCGCAUACGCUUUAUUAACUUUAAUUGAUAGAAAACAAAAGAAAAUUCAGCAAGAAAAGACACUAAUCGUACACUAUUUAAUAAAAAAUUAUUAAAAAAUAAAAAAAAAAUAUUAAAAAUACUUUAGUAUUUAAGUUGCAAAAUUUAAAUGAGAAAACAAGCAAUUCAAAAUUGAAAACUGUGCAAUAGCAGCACUUUAGUCAACCACAUUUCCAAAUCCCAAAUAACGUGUGCAACUCAAGCGCCCAAAGAACACAUAUCGCUAUGGUCCAAAACGGGGCAUUGCUGCAGUAAAAUUUAUAAGGACACCCUUCUUUUAUUGUUUGUUUUCCGCACUUAAUUAAUUCAUGAACCGUAAAACACUAAUACACAAUACGUAUUAAUACUUAUUAAACAAGAAAUAAUUUAUAUAAAAAUAAUAUUUUAAAUAAGAAAAUUCAGUUUAACAAUAUAUUAGUGAAAAUGUAAACCAUUUUAAUUAUAUAAUAUAUGUAGGUACAUGCAUACAUACAUACAUACAUACAUAUAUGUAUAUUAGUUAUAAGUCUCUUAAGUGCAUUAAAUAGUCACCAUUAACGUUCGAUCGGCGUGAUUGGUGAUGUGAUUGGUUGAUUGAUUGGUUGAUUGUAAACAAGUAUAGUUGAUGGCAGCGGUGACGCAGGAGAAUGUGUAACACAAGUAAAACAACAAAGAAGGAUAUUUCACAAAAAAAUUAUUAAAUCUUAAAAAUGGAAACAGUGAAAUAACGAAAUGAAAAUCAAUAGACAACGGGAAAGUUAAGCUUUAAUUUCACGUACUUGCCUUAACGCUGACAAUGAAUCAAAAUUUUAAAGUCAAAGCUAAAAUCUUGUUUAAAAAGCAAAUAAAAUUGUGCAAAAUCUUAUUUUAUUAUAGAUUUGUGUAAAAUUAAUGAACAUAUACCUACCUAUAAAUAAAUAAAUCUUAUGAUUUC